AUGACAUACAGCAAAUCCAAUGUCAUCACAUAUGAAGAUCAUCUAGAUGUUCAUUAUGUCAAGUUACCGUUGAAAUACAAUGAAUCUACCGUUAAUCUCCUGCCAAAGGAGCAAUUCAACAACAGUCUAGUCAAAUCAGGCAAGCUACUCAAAGUCAAUUCAAUUGUGGAUUUGGUGUCUUGUUCGGUGUUGCAAGACCAGAAAACCGUCAAGCUCGUUCCAAUUGUCAAAUCAAACUCUCUUGAUUUCAAGUAUCAGGAGAUUCAAGUCAGAUUACCCAACACAUUGUUGGUCCAUGCCAUAACUAGUGAGCAAGACCAAAUUAUCCUUGACUUGGUCGAUGAAACCUUUUUAUUUAUUAAUAUCGUUGUUAAAGUCAAUGACUUCAUAUAUGGGAAUAAACUUUCAUUGGAUAAAUUUGAUUCAUGGUGUCAUAUUUCAAUUCCUUAUUCCUUUGAAUUAGCUAACUCUUCGCCAUAUUAUUUGAACCAUUUGAAUAGCCACAAUUUAAUUGUAUCCUUGUCCAAUGGUCAACUAAUCCAUUUCAAACGAGAUGAAAUUUUGAGUGAUUUCACCGUUAACCAAAUUGCUCAACAUACACCAUUUUCAAUCUUUGGAUUGUUCAGUAACAAAACUGUCAAGGAAAUUAAUGGAAUUUCCAAUAAUUUGGUGGUUGAUUCCGUUUUGUUGAGCGAAAAUACUUUGCUCACUUUAACUAUAUCAAAAUGGUUAAAAGUUUGGAAUUUACAAUCUGGUCAGUUAUUGAAUUCUGUCUUUGUGGGUGACGAGACUGAUAAUUGGUUAACAUUAAUUCCAAACAAGUACAUGCAAUUAAUACAAUUUAAUAAUCAAAACUAUUUGACUUUGUUUGUCAAUGACGAUACUGAUGGGUAUAAAUUUAAGUUGUUUGAAGUGGAUACUCUUACUGAGUUAUCUCAGUUUGAAUUCACCCCAAGUACCGAUGUUAAUUGGUUUAUUCAAGAUUUUACCGUCGAAGUCAAACAACAGCUUAAGUAUCAUAUCUUAUUUAAAUCAAAUGUUUAUUCAAUUUUAUCAACUUAUUCGAUAGCAACUGAUAACGGGGCAAUUAUUGAAAUAACAAAGUCAAUUACAAAGGAGGACAUCGAAGAAGUUUCACCACAUCAUACAACUGAGUACUAUAUUAACAAAAUAUUCAAUUCUGGGUUAUAUAACCAAUUAAUAGUCAACACUUCAAUUGCUUUGCUUGAACCUCACUUGACUCAUCCAAUUGAAGAUCAUUCUAGAAAUUCGGUUUCCAAGUCAUUCUCCGGUGCUAACGAAUUACAAUUUUGGUUUAAACUUGAUUCGUUAUGUCAAGAGUUCCUUAAAUUGUCGCAAGAAUCUUUAGCCAUUGUAAGUUAUGAAAAUUCCAUUUUAAGUUUGCAAGUUAAUUCAUUGGGUGUAUUCCGCACCUCACACUACUAUCAACAAGAACUUACCCCUAAAUUGACUCAAAUCUUUGGUAAAUUUAAAGAAAUAAUUUCCCAAAAAUCGUUCCAUAAAUUACAUCAACAUUUAUUGUUUAGUUCCAGCUUGACCACAGACAAUAUUGGUGAACUUUUCCAAGCCUUCAUAUCUGAUAAAUUGUCUGAAGCUGAAAUUCAACAGCUCAUUGUAACAUUAGAAUCAAUUCCUGAUAUUGUUACCAUUGUUCAAUCAUUGAUUGGUACAAAUCUGUUUGAAUUAAUUGAUGGUGACUAUGACAAGUCUAUAUCUUUAUUUGUUAAAUUGGACGCCAUUGCUAGCUUCAAAUCAAUUAAGUCAAGUCAUGAACUGAUUCUUAUAAAUUUGGUGGUAUUAUUCGUUAUUUGUCAAACCAAUGAUGAACUCUUGCACAUGAUCAACUCAAUAAUUUCCAUUUUAAAGAAUUAUGAUCUUUUAGAGUUAAUAUUUAACACUUGCUUUAGGAACGGUCAAAUUGAAUCCGAGAAAAUUUCAGAUUUGGGACAAUCAUUGUUUUGGAAUGGUGUGGUUGAUCAUUAUCCAAAGUUGAAGAGUCUUAUUGCUUCUCUUAAGUUAAAUGACUCAUUUGAUUUACUUGGUAAUAUUAUGUCCAAUCAUGAAUUUAUAACCAACAUUGUUAUUGAAUUGAUUAAUCGGGAACAAGCUAAAUUCUUGUAUAAAAAUUUCCUUUCCAAGUUGAAUGACUAUAAUAUAGAUGAUAGGUUGUUAAUUGGAUUAAUUCAUUUAAUUAACUUUAAUCCUGAACAAGUUUACAACAUAUUCAAAGAAUUUGCUCCGUUUAGGCAAUUAACUAAAGUAAAGAUCAAUGAUACUUUCAAUCCUUUGAUUCAAGCGAUUUAUGAUAACAAAGAGUCAGAUUAUUACCACAUCCUUGCUCAAUUAUGUCAGGCUCAAUCAACCAAAAAUAGUUCAACAUCCACCACGUUUAUUCAAGUUGCAUUGAAAUUUGAACUAGCAGCAAUUGAAACAAGCUCCAACAAUGAUUACUACCUCAAUGUGUUUGAUGUAGCAUUGUCUAUAUCGGACUAUUCUUUAGUUGCUCAAUCACUUCCAUAUAUUUCUGAUUUGAAACCAUACUUGACCAAGCUUAUAACUAGAUUGAUUUCCGAAAAAAGGAUAUCAAUUAUAUUCCCACCAAACAACCAACUGUAUGUUGGUCAUUUUAAACUUAUUGAUGGUAUAUUACUUGAUAUGGCUAAUCAAGAAAAUGAUAUGGUAUCAGCUCUCAGAUUAUAUGAAUAUUUAUACUCGUGGAGAUUGUUGGGUAUUUCCGAAGAUCUUGCUGAUAAGAGAGGGGCGAUUGAAUCAUUGUAUGCAUUUAUCAAUCGUUUCAAGGAUUCGGGAGUAGAUGCCAAAUGGAGGUUAAAGAUUUUAGAAGUGUAUAUGAUAAUCCUCAACGUAUUGAAAGGAUUGGGUGAUGGUGAGCAAUGGUUAUUGAAGCAAGGGGUUAGAAGGAGGGUGAUUACUGUUGAUGAUGUCAAGAUCGAGUAUCUUGUUUGGUUAAAACAAUUACAACAUGAUACCGAAAUGAUUCAGGUUGUUUAG